AUGAAGCCUUCUCUCGAAAUCCAGCUCGCCGGCAAAAACAAAGCCUCCUUUGCCCGCCAGACGAUUGAUAUCAGCGAGAAGUCGUCAUCUCACGCGCAGCUUGCCUUUUCUGCCGUCUCCACGUCCAAGGAUGAGGAAGCUCAUCUUCCAGAUCCAGAAUCGCGGGAAGAGAAGCCUCUGCAGAGAUGGAACGAUCCGAAACUCAACAUGUUCCGCUACUUUUCCACACUCUACUCCUUUGUCGUCAUGGGAAUGAAUGAUGCUGCCGUUGGCGCUCUAAUACCAUAUAUGGAGAAGUACUACAAGGUCUCGUACACUGUCAUAUCCCUUCUCUUUCUCUCGUCAUUCCUUGGCUACAUAAUUGCUGCCCUUCUCAACAACCUCAUCCAUCAUCAUUGUGGCCAAGUUGCCGUCGCAGUUUUGGGUCCUCUUGGCCGCCUAAUCGGCUACGUUCCCAUGGCAUGCCACCCACCCUUUGCCGUGCUGCCAGUCAUGCUGUUAUUCCCCGGCUUUGGUAAUGGCCUGGAAGACAGCGCGUGGAAUGCUUGGAUAGGCAACAUGCAGAAUGCCAACGAGCUGCUCGGCUUUCUACACGGCGCCUACGGUCUCGGUGGCACCAUUGCUCCGCUAAUCGCCACCGCCAUGGUGACCAAGGGCAACCUGCCAUGGUACACCUUUUACUACCUGAUGAUCGGCAUGACUGGCCUCGAGGGAGUCUUUGCCAUCACGGCUUUCUGGGGGGCAACUGGUCGUGUGCAUCGCGAGAGCUACAAACCGGCUGCCGAAGGAGGCCGCAUCACCACCAGGCACGUUCUGCGUGAACCCAUCACCUGGACCGUGGCGGUGUUCCUCCUCGGCUACGUCGGCGCCGAGGUCAGUCUCGGCGGUUGGGUCGUUUCCUUUAUGCUGAAUGUCCGCGGCGCCGAGAGCUUUGCUGCAGGCUUGACCGUGACCGGUUUCUGGCUCGGCCUUGCAGUUGGCCGAAUCGUCUUGGGCUUCGUCACCGGACGCAUUGGAGAGAAGCUGGCCAUUACCAUCUAUCUGAUGCUAUGUAUCGUCUUGCAGUUGCUGUAUUGGCUUGUACCCUCAUUUGUUGCCUCGGCCAUUUUCGUUGCUUUUCUUGGCUUCAUACUAGGCCCUCUCUUCCCGGCUGCCAUUGUGGCGGCUACAAAGCUUCUCCCAGCCGACUACCAUGUCUCUGCCAUCGCAUUUGCAGCAGCUUUCGGUGGCGGCGGCGCUGCCGUCUUUCCCUUUGCCGUCGGUGCGAUUGCCCAAAGCAAAGGCGUUCAGGUCCUACAGCCAAUCGUUCUGGCCAUCCUUAGCUUCAUAUUCAUUGUGUGGUGCUUCCUUCCAGGAGGUCUCCGGCCGGGCGGCUUGGAAUAUGCCAGAGAUCACAACGAGAAGGUUGGACAUGAGGUUUGGAGUGCCUAUCGAUGGGUCGCAAGCAGGUUUUUUGGUCCGAAACAGAAGCCGAUCGCUGCUUCAACAACUGGCGUCGAUCCCUGA